GCUUUGCUCUUCGAUAGCGUUGAUGAUGAACGGGUCUACGUAUGCUGGAGGUGUGCAGCUGCCGCCUCAUCCUACUCUUGGAUCGACGGAGUUCGACCGCUUUUCGUCUCAUUGUGUGGAUAGUUGGAGUGUUGCAGGACCGGGGUUGGUGAGGAGACAUCACGUGACAAGUUCUUCUUCUAUCACUUUGACAAACAAUGUCGGUAUUGCAGAUUUUGUGAGGGCAGGCACACGGUUGGAUGGUCUCCACAAAGCUGCAGCCAAUGGAGACGAUGCCGCUAUCAUGAGUAUCAUGCAGAUGGAAAGUGAGCGACAUACUCACAUCAUGUACACGGGUCUGGAUGCUCUUGAUGUGUCGGGACGGGCGCCUCUUAUGUAUGCGGCGAUUGCCGAGUCGCUCACUUGUAUUGAAAUUCUGAUCGAAUACGGAGCUCUUAGGGAACAGGUUGACCUGAGCGGCAGAACGGCUUUGCAGUAUGCCGCAUUCUAUGGGAAGCAUCAAGCGCUCAAGCUGCUAUUGGAUAGAGGAGCAAGCAUUUUGACAAGAGAUGUAUAUGGACGUUCCGCUUUUCAUUGGGCAGCGGCUAUUAGCAACUCAAAGUGUCUCUCUGUACUUAUCAAUUAUGCCACAUUUCAGCGUGUUGGAGUUGACUGGGUGGACAAUGAGAAAAUAACUCCACUUCAUGUCGCUGCACAGUUUGGGAGAAGCAAGCAAGUAACGAUGUUACUGAAAGCUGGAGCUGAUUGUGAAUGUGUUGACAUUGAUGGAAAGACGUGUCUCCAUUGGUGUCUCAAUAACACGGAUACCAACUGCAUCAACAGUCUAUGUGUUGCUCGUCCUGCUAUACUCAAUGCUAGAGAUGCACACGGAGCCACUCUGCUGCACCGGGCAUCUGCACAAGGACAAGCACACAUCGUGGAUUGUCUGGUAACCAUGCAAGGUUGCAAUCUCAAUUGUCGUGACGAAUCAAGCUGCACUGCUCUUCACUACACAUGCCUUUACGGACAUGCCAACUGCAUGAAGAUGCUUCUGACUUACGGAGCCGACGACCACGUGAUUGAUAUCAACGGAUUUACGGCUCUUCAUUACGCUACACAACAGAAUCAUCUGGAUUGUCUUUACUUGUUGUGUAGUCUUGAUGAUUUGGCUUACCUUCCGGACAGUGAAGGACACAGGGCAUUGACUUGGGCUGCAAUGCUCGGGCACGAACAGGCGAUUAAGACUCUGCUACAGAACAGUAGUUGUCUCAAGUCAAUCGAUAUUGAAGAAACAGACUGCAGGACAGCUCUCCACCUUGCCGCCUUCUCUGGCCAUGCCGCCUGCGUCACCAUUCUGCUACAACAUGGAGCAAACAUCGAAUCACGUGACGUCUACGGAAUGACACCAUUGCAUCUCUCCAGCAGUCAAGGCCACACAGACUGCAUACAGCAGUUGGUCUCUGUCGGAGCUGAUUGUAAUUCCAUUGAUAACAAUGGGCAGACGAGUGUGCACGUUGGUGUGUUGACAAAUCAUUUGGUUUGUGUGGAGAUGCUGCUGCAGAGUGGAGGUGUGUGUGACGUGAGAGAUGCGGUUCGUACGACGCCAUUGCAGUAUGCAGUGAGUGGAGGGGUGAGGGAUAUGGUUGACGUGUUGGUGAGAUAUCAUGCUGAUCCAAGUCUGUUGGGAAUGGAUGGUCUGUCUGCUUUUCACUUGUCUGUCAAACAAGGAUGCGAUCCGAACUUGGUCUCUCUUCUCCUCCAGUCGGGUCGAAAUUUAAAUGUUUACAUCCAAACAGAAAAUGGAGAGAGUUUGACACCACUCGACUUCUGCCAAUUGUACAAUGAGAACGGACUCGCUCAGUUGUUUAUUGAAGCCGGAGGUUUCACCUUUGAAGAAAUCAGACAGUUUGCAGCCACUGCCAUUCAAUCAGCAUGGAGAGGAUGGAGAGCCCGCUAUCAUGUCAAACAAAUGAAGAAGCAGCAGCAUGCUGCCAUCCUCAUUCAAUCUCUUUAUCGUGGCUUCACAGACAGAAAAUCAUUCAGACUAUUAUUGUUAAGGCAUCGAGCCGCAAGUGCUAUACAGUCAGCAUACCGACUACACACAGAGAGAAAACGGCUCCAAGCAGAAGGUACAAGAAUCAGAAAUCAGUUACGAUCACAUCACGUGAUGAAGCAGUUCUACCAACAACUCAAGAAAAGCGAGAAAAAACGAGAAGUGGAAAUACAUGAGAUCGAAGCCAUCGUGGAAAAUGACGUCACUGAUGGUCAUAGUAACACGAGAGAGGAAAAACUGAGACUCGAAAUGGGAUUACAACUUCGAAACCUGCAAGUCAAGCAGCAAGAAGAAAGAAAGAGAUUUCUACGAGCGGAGAUGGACCGACGACGAGCCGUCGAGCAACAGAAGGAGCUCACACGAUGGCAAUUAGUUCUCGACAAGAGCAAAGCGCGUUGUAAACUAUGGGACACGCGAAGUGGUAACGUGAAGGCAGCACACCAGGCCGCAGUGAAGAUACAGCGAUGGUGGCGACGGAGGGACGAGAGCAAAGAAGUGGACUUAUUUCGAAAGGCUAAAGAUGGCAAGAACAAGUGGAGUGCGGCGUCAAUUAUACAGAAUGCGUGGAAAAUGUGGAAGAGGAAUAAGUCGACGCAGGACGAGCCCGAAACGAAGAGCUCGGACGUGCGCAUUUGGCGCUCGCGUCCGUACAUGAGACAUACACUUAUCAGUGGCCACGCGAGGCACAAGCUGCGCGACGAAAUGAAAGUCAAACCGGUCGUGUAUUCAUUGAAGCCUUCAGUGAGUGCACCGACACCGAAUGUCAGACAGAAACCGGUCGAAUAUCCAUUGAAGCCUUCAGUCACUACACCGACACCGACUCUCUUCGGUAAUCCAGUCAUUGCACCGACACUGACCGUCAGACAGUCGGUAUCCGCUCCGACUGUCGGCGUGCUUCCUCCGGUUAAGAGCAGACAGGCGCACAGGUUGACGACCGCUCCCGUUUUGGUGGUCGACGACGCCAAUGCGUCGAGACGAGAUGCUUCUAGGUGGUCGGCGAGACCGUGGCGAGUGCUACCCGUGUCGCUGACGUAUCGAGGAGGCGUGGCGACCAGGAGAAAAACGAGAGACGGCGACGGGAAACUGCCGUCGAUUGGAACGAACUCUCAGUUGGUAUCUCAUCGUUAGAGCUCGGUGUGUUGCUUUUGAUUCGAGAGUGUAAUGUACAGUGAGCGAUGAUUCGAAUGUAAAGCGUUGAGAAUGAGUGCAGCAAAAUUUUAAUUUUCAAUAGAAUUGAAUGUUGAAAUUGCAAGCAACUUCUAGGCAAUUUCAAUUUCUAAUUCAAUAUUCAAUUAUUGCUCUGAAUUGAAAAUGGAAUGGA